CGUUAUACGAUGGGUACGAAUGGAAUGGGAGAAGGAUUGAAGUCCGUGAGGUGGGACGUUGUUUGGUUAUGUUGUAUUUGGGUUUAUUAUUGGGUGGUAAUAGAAGGAAGGUGGUGAGAGAGGAAAAAAGAAGGCAAAUUGGUGGUGGGAAGUUAAUCACAAUAAUUCAUGGUUUAUACAUCAAGUAUUGGACCAUGUAUGGUGGGUUUUCUUUACACGAACUUCACAUUUCCACAUUCACGCAGGAUCGUUUUGCUGGAGGACCACCACCACCCAGAUUUGCCGGGCGUCCAAAUUCUCGUCCGUUUACCGCAUCAUCUUUUGGCACCGCUGGAUCAAACAGUGGAUUCUAUGGACCAGCAACGGCGGCAAACACGCAACCAGGUGGUGGAUUCGGAACCAAUUUUUCAUCGUCGAAUUUAAACGUGGCUGCUUCUGCAGCCGCAGUUGCUACAUCAGAACAGUAUGAUGGUUAUGGUGGCGGAAAUGCUGGAUAUAAUGACUUCGGCUCAGGUGUCGCAAUGAUGGAUUACUCAACCAGUGGAUAUAAUGCGGGAUACGGCGGUCCGUUUGGUGGCGGUGCUGCUGCUGCUACCGCCGGUUAUGAUGCAUCUGCUACCGGAUAUUACGGAGGUCCGGCGAAUGGUAAUGGAUCACAAAUAUUUGUCAGAAAU